UUCGUCGUCGUCGUCGCUUCUGCUGCUGUGACAAUGGGCGACUCCACGCCCAUUUGCCGCUGCCGCGUGCUGUAUCUGGGCAGCGCGGUGCCCCGCCAGAGCAAGGACGGCCUGCAGGGCAUACAGGAGCCGCUGCGCAGCCUCUAUCCGUCAGAGGGCGCUGUGGGUGCCAAGGGCAUCGAUAGCUGGCUGAGCGUCUGGUCGAAUGGCAUCCUGCUGGAGAAUGUGGACGAGAAUCUGAAGCAAAUCACCCGCUUCUUUCCCAUCGAGUCGCUGCACUACUGCGCCGCGGUGCGCCAAGUGCUGAUACCGGAGCGCGGCAAUGCCAAUCCGGAGCCAAAGUUUCUGCCGCUGGACUCGCCAUUCGCACGCAUGCCGCGCGCCCAGCACCCGCCCAUCUUUGCAGCCAUAUUGCGUCGCACCACCGGCAUCAAGGUGCUCGAGUGCCACGUCUUCAUUUGCAAGCGCGAGGCGGCCGCGAAUGCUCUAGUCAGAUGCUGUUUCCAUGCCUACGCUGACAACUCGUACGCUCGCCAGCUGGAGACGGGCAGCACUGUCGGCGGCGGCAGCAGCGUCUACGGCACGCUCAAGAGCGGCGCCGGCAGCAAGUCCAAUGGCGACCUCACCAGCGUCGGCCUGGCCAACGGCCAUGGCAACGGUCAGCAUCACCUGGCCGGGCAGGGCGGCUGGAGAUCGCGUGCCGGCAGCACCACCACACUCAACAGCCUGGGACGCACAUCCAACGGACAUGUGCUCAACGGCUCGGGCCUGGGCAUGAAUGGCGGCAGCACAGGCAGCGCCGCCGAGGGCUACACAUCAGUCAAAAAUUUUUAUGGUAGCAGCGCCGACCUGAACGUCACCGUGGAUGAUGGCGACGCAUCUGUGUACAAUGGCGAUGAGAACCACAAGGUGUGGAGCGGCUCACAGGAUCAGCUGGACAGCAUCGGCGCCGCGGAGAGUCCCUAUGAGCUGUAUGCCGGCAACACGUCCACGCUGGGCAGGCCGCUGCGCGCUCGUCAGAUCAGCACGCCCAUCGAUGUGCCACCGCCGCCAGUCAAGGAGGAGCGCAAGACGAAGCGCGAGAAGAAGUCCUCGAAGUCCAGCGGCAGCCAGAGCUUGUCGGGCACACUGAUCAGACCAAAGCCCAUGCAUCCGGCGGCGGCGAUGCACCGCACACAAGUGCAUCCCGGACCGGGACCAGGUCCCGGCUCUGCCAGCGUCAUCUAUGGCCCCGUCUCCGGGCCGCACGCUGCGCGCCAAUAUCACACAAUUAGUCAUCGCGGCUUUCCGCCCGGCCCGCCGCCGCAUCACGCGCACGCACAUGCGCAUGCACAUGCUCAGGCACAGGCGCAUGCACAGCACAUGAUGCAGAUGCAGCAUGCACAGCAUAUGGCCGGCCUGCCGCCGCUGCAGAUACCCAUGAUGCUGCCGCAGCAGUACGCGACGCUGCAGCCGUCGCGCUCCACCAGCAAAAAGAAGAAGAAGGAUAAGAAGAACGGCGGCGUCGGCAUGCCCGUGGGCAUGCCCAUUGUGCCGCCCAUCUACGCCUACCAGCAGGCAAUGGGCGGGGUGCCGCCGCCGCCGAUGGCGCAGUCAAUGAUCGGCGAGCCGCGUCCCUUGAGCAUGUCCAGCCGCAAGAUGGCCGCCUCCAUGGGCAACGGCCUGGAUGACUCGGGCAACUCGGGCGCCGAGUCGCCGUCGCCAGGCGGCACGGGCAUCUAUCGCCGCAAGGGUCACCUGAACGAGCGCGCCUUUAGCUACUCCAUACGCCAGGAGCAUCGCAGUCGCAGCCACGGCUCGCUGGCCAGCCUACAGUUCAAUCCACCGGACAUGAAGAAGGAGCGCGAGAUUGCCCAAAUGGUGGCCGGCCUGGACCUCAGCGACGGCGAGCGCCGCCAAAUGGCCCCCGGUCCGGCCACGCUGCAGCGCAAACAGGCCGCCAUGACGAACGGAGCAGCGGGUCCAGCGCAUCCACAUCCACAUCAGCCGCAUGCGAUAUACGGCCCACUGGGCCCCGGAAGUAGCUUCGGCAAGCCGCGCAGAUAAGCUGCCAAGCCAGGCAGAGUGCACCCGGCAAGGACUAGAAGUACUACAUAUAUACACAUACAAAUAUAUAUAUACGUACGAUCAUAUAAAUACAUAUAUAGAGUUACACAACAUUUUAGCGAUGCUGGUCAACUUAGAAAUCAACAGUUAAAGACAAGAGCGACCAAGCUGUACUGCAGCAACAGACUUCAGAUAGGAUUGGGUAACCAAAUUUCGCAGCGAAUAUCGUUUACGAUAUUGCAAUCAAAAUCAAUUAUCAACAAUGAAUAUGUGUGCCUUACUAGGUUUAUACUUUAAGUAUACUAUAUAUAA